CUUUACAAGCCACGCGACCGGCCGGCCAUGGUGUUCACCAGCUUCAGUCUCCACACGAUACCCAUAUUUUUGCUGACGACCCUACUCGUUCCGUCAAGCGUCAACGCCUACGUAUGCGGGCUGACGUCGGGCAGCCGCGUCGUGGGCGGCGUGAAGGCUCCGGCGUACGCCUACCCGUGGUUCGCGGAGCUGCUGCUACGCGGGGAGCCAGACAACGGCGUCUGCGCAGGCGCGCUCAUCUCCCGGCAGCACGUCCUCACCGCCGCUCACUGCUUCGUCGAGGUACUGGAAGGUGUUCCCAACGACAAGAAGUAUAAGGUCGCGCUGGGGAUGUCGAACCAGUGCGUCAACCAGAACACGAGGAAGAUCUACGACGUGGCCCGCGCGGACGUUCACGAGCGCUACAGUUCGGCAGGGAACGACUACGACGUCGCCCUGCUCACACUCAAGGAGCCCGCGCAUUUCAUGCCGCUCUGUCCUCCGUGGGAAGUGCAGGGAGCUAGCCGGCUGAUCUUGUGGGGCCGGCCGGCCGACGCGCCGAAGCCGCUGGUGCUGCCCGACGACGGCGGGCGCACGGGCCUCGUGGCCGGGAUGGGCACGACGCGGCCCGGCGUGUCCAGCAGCGUGCCCUGCGAGAUCCGGCACGCGCUCGUCACCGUCCUCACGCGCCGCGAGUGCCUCAACACGCGCCUGCCGCGCGCCGAGGCCAUGCAGCCCGGCAUCAUCUGCGCCGGAGAGCUGGCCGGCGGCGUCGACACCUGCCAGGGAGACAGCGGUGGUGCGAUGAUGACCAAGUCUGGCCGCCAGUACGUCGCCACAGGCAUUGUGUCGUACGGCUACGGCUGUGGGCAGCGCAACAUGCCCGGCGUGUACACGAACGUGUCCUACUACAAGGACUGGAUCGUGAAGCACAUGGGCGCCGGCUACCAGCAGCGCCUGCGCGCCAGGACCGGCGCCGGCGCAGGGUCCGCAAGGCGGGCUGGCCGGCGAAAGGGAGGCGUCGCUGGGAACGCCGACUGAACCUCGUCCCACGGCGGUCACCAGUGCUGCCAGAAGGCGCGCCUUCAAGCUAAUCCUCGUGACCACUCACCGCGUGACCGUCUCCCGAUGUCAUUACUUUCAAAUUAUCUGGGCUUCCAUAGCCGCGAUUAAGUACACAAUGAAUGUGCCUCCCAAAUUCAUAUGAACGUUCUAUCGCUGUUCCUUCGUUUGAGUUCCUCGGUACGUAGAUAAUGAGAUGCUAUUGACGCUUAUUAACGCCAUUCCGUGUUUCCGAUACUUCAGUAAAUAGGACUUGGUUCCACACAAAUUAAAUUAAAUAGUAGGUUUCACAUAGAACCGAGAAAUAAAAUUUUUUAAGAAAUAUAUUGUAGUCUUCUUUUCAAAAACCAGUUUAUCAGCCAAGAUAUCUAUGUUGACACAAUUACUGUAGUAGUAGUUUCGACAUAUCUCUUGCCUUCCUCAGUUCUAUAAAAAAAGAAAAUAUGUCGACGUUGUAGUUUACAGUAUGCACUAUACUAAUUUCAUAUUAACAUUUCUUCUGUUAAUUCCAAUGUUAAACAGAAAUGUGACGCUCUUGCAGUAGUUGUCUGUAACUGAUGUUAGGUAGAGAGCCUAUAUAGGGAGAGAGUGGCCAUAGGUGAAGUUGCCCGUGAUUGGUUGAUUAGCUUCGGCGCCAUUUUUCUGCCAAACGUCUCUCGCGCUUCCUAUGUUCGCCGUGCUUUUGAGUUGAAUUCAAGUUCAUAAGACUUUUGGAAACGAUUAAAAGGUGUUUGAAUUAUUGAGGGACUUUUUAUUCGUUGUGCAUGCAUGUUCGAUUUAGUUGUAUAUCGUUUUUAGUACGUAAUUAGCGUUUGUGUGCAUAGUGGUAGCAUCACAAGCUUUACUGAAGCCAAUAUCUGACAGUCCUUGCUGGAAACGGAAAGUUCCUGUAAUUGUUGUGCCAUGCUCAUUCGACUUUAUAGCGUCAAACUGUAUUUCGUUGCGAAUCAGAACACUAGGCAUUAUUUAGGUUUCAGUAUUAUUUCCUAACUGUUGACGCAGUCAAGUUGUAGUGUAAGCACGUUUUCCGCAGUUGUCGUGGUUGCUGAAACAUUAUUCGUAGUAGAUAAUUGUAGGUACUCUUGAAGACAGUUUUUAAAAGGCCUACAUACUGUGGGGUAGAAGGGAUACUGUAGUUUUCUUUUUAUAUUUGGUCGUUAUUACAGUAGCCUACGUUUAACAUUACCUGACUUUUGUAAUCUUUUUCGUUUGUUAUCUACGAGAGGUAUUCCAGUUGUUUACUUGUGACACGCAAAAAGUUUGAUGACGUGACAAGAAGUACUAAUACAUCUCAAACUUUUUGCAUGUCACAAGUAAACAACUGCUUACGACUUUCAUUCAUCUGACGUAAUACAGGUACGUUAAAUCUUUAGCGUUAUGCACUUGCGAUACAAAACAAAUAUUUUUUUUAUUUACGUUACUUCCAUUGCAAUAUGUCAAGUAAACGAACUUUAAAGGAGAUAAAUGCAAGUAACGAAUUAUUUUUACAGCCACUGUAUCCAAUUUUCCUGUGCCGUACGUAGUAGGCUACUAUGAGUAUAUUAUAGCUGUAAAGAAAGGCAUUUAACGAAUGAUUUCGCGAUAUUGUCUUGUGCUUUUGAUUCGGUGAGUGUGUACUCCACUACUCCACUACUGGCCAUUCAAAAGUCCCGCCCGCAGUUUGUCAGAAAAAUGGCCGCCGUAUCGUCCGGUUGGCCACUCUCUCCCUAUACAGGCUCUCUAGUGUUAGGCAGUGCAGACAGCCAUCUCGUGGUACCUUUCAGUACCAAACCCUGACAGUUGCAGUGGACUGGGCGCGGUAGCUUCUCGGUCUGACCUCGACCAGUAGCGUGAUGCGAUUUUGUAAACGUCUCUAUGGCAACGCCUCAGUGUUGUCACAGCUCUGUAGGCGGCUAAUGUUUUCGCCUGCAGCCGUUAGCCCUUCGCAGUUGAAAGCUGGCAACAGUGCUGUGAGCUGUCAGGGAUCUCCUUAUGCCAUCUCGACUACAGCUUCCAUUAUACUCCAAAUCCAGUCGUCAGUUGCUCUGUCACAGUCAUGGCUUUAGACCACAAAGUGGCAAGAUGUGCCAUGUACCUGUCUUGUUGGCGCCAUGCACACUAAAUGUUGUACAUACUUUAUGACGGGACACCUGGCAUGUCAUUCUAGCGCCUCGACUUUUUUACAGCAUGCUUUUACUUAAAAAAUUUUGCUUGUUAGAGAUAUUCAUUAUUAUAUGUUGACUUUGGAUUGUAUCCGCCCAUAUGAGCAGAAUUUUAUGAGGGUUGUUAUUUUACACCAUACUGUAUAUUUCUCAUGUGACAGAGUGGUGUAAGGAUUGUACAGGGUGUGAUACAAAAGUUUCAAGACUUAACUCAGAACUAGAAAUUUAUUGGACAUUUAAGUACAGCGGACUAAAAUUGUUCAAAAUAUGAUCCUUCAGCAUCAACACAACACUGCCAGCGCGUCUUCCACUGUUUGUAUCCCUUCUGGAAGGCCUCGAGCGUCAUGCUGUCAAGGGCUCUCAUUGAAGCCUGCUGGAUGGUGUCGAUGGAGUCGAAUCGCUUCCCUUUUAGGCCUGUCUUGAUUCAGGGGAAGAGGAAAAAGUUACCUGUCAGAGCUGUAGGGUUGCUGCGGCAGUGUUGUCACGUUGUCAAAACUUCGGCGGCAGUGUGAAACGUGUGAGCGGGUGCAUUGUCGUGGUGGAGAAUCCAGUCACCACUGAUGGCCAGGCGGACGUGGCGAGCUCGAUCCCUCAAGCAGCAGAGCACUCACACUAAGACGACGGUCAUUGUUUAAAAGUUCCCGCACUCUCUCCACAUUUUGAUCUGUUCGGCUUGAUGAUGGCCUCCCAGAGUGGUCGUCAUCAUUUUCAACAUUCCUGUGGCCAUCUCUGAAACGUUUGUGCCACAUGAAAACCAUUGCAUCAGACAUGGCUUCUUCCUUUAAGCCCUCUUGAAUCAUAACAACAAUCUCUGCGGUGGUUUUCUUCGGUUGCACGCAAAACUUAAUCGCAUAACUCUGCUCCAAGUGCUGCUCCAUUUCCGACUUUCCCACUUUUUGACCGAGCUCAAUGACAUGCACUCACGCUGCAAGCGAUGCACACUCUCCAGGGUUCUGGAGUAACUGCCACAGUGUCAGUUCGUUCCCUGAGACCCCCACAACUUCUCCCACCCAGCGGAACCGGUCCGCACGCGCUCCCCUACUCAGAAAUGAAUCAGUCUUGAAGCUUCUGAAUCACACCUUGUAUGAUGUAACUACCACUGUCUGCGUUCAUAGUUAUGUAAUUUUUGCCAUAGAACCAUAGCAGUGCCCUACUAAAUUUUUAAUUUUUUGAGUGUAACCCUGUAAACUCGACAAAAUGUUCAAAUGUGUGUGAAUUCCUAAGGGACCAAACUGCUGAGGUCAUCGGUCCCUAGACUUACACACUAUUUAAACUAACUAAAGGUAAGAACAACACACACACCCAUGAUCAAGGGAGGACUCGAACCUCCAGCAGGAGAGGCUGUUAUCUCGACAUAUUCACUUUUUAUAGAUCUGAGUAUGGCAAUACAUAUUGCCAAAAUUAGUAAUCCAGUAUUGAUAUUAACAUAGCGAUCCUGCCACAUAAUUUUGUUUUCAAAAGAAGACUACAAUACAAAAUUCUAGGUCGCCACCUGAGCUGAAUGACAAUGUCAAGUAAACGCAAAAAAAAAUGUUCACUUGAAAUAAAAACUUCACGAAAGCUAUUCUGCAUUACAUUACUAAUUUUUUUUUUAUUUGGCCUCCACAGUUUGUACUCUAUUUAGCCAUACAAAACACAUGGUUGCGUGGAACACAUAAUUUUACAGAGAAAAUUGUCCAUAUUAACAGAAUUUAAAGCUCAGCCGCCACAAUUCUUUUUUUCCAAAACAAAAUUUUAACAAAUAACAUGACAAGUAGACAUUAUUGUAUUAUCAACUGACACUAUUUUUUAAAUUUAAUCGUAAGCGAUAAAUAUUGUUUU